AUGUGGAUAGAUAAUAUGUUCAGUUCACCAACAUUAUCUCGUUAUAAUAAACAACAAUCAACUAUUGACAUGAUGACGACGAAACAUAUUAUUGAUGAAAAAUCUAAAACAAUUGAACAAUUAAAAACUAUUAUUGAUGAAUUAAAUUUACGACAUGAAAGAAAAGAACGUGAAUUACUUAAACGUAUUGGAAUGUUGUAUAAUGAUUUACAACAAAAUAAAAAGAAAAUGGCACAUCUUAUUUAUAGACAUCAACAACAAAAAAAGACGAAUAAUGAGAGUAAAUUAUCACAAGACAUUUCCAUUCAAACUGAUGAGAAGAAUUUAAUAACAAUAUGUCCAAAUUGUUCAACUGAAAUAAUACAAACAUCUCAAUGCAAUGAUAUAAAUAUUGUUCAAUGUCUUAGUCAAUUAAAAUUACAUGAACAAAAUCAAGAACAGCAACCAAAAUAUUAUACACUUCAAUCUGAAGAAGAUGUUGAAUAUAUAGCUGCAACACCUCAACCAACUUUUAAUCAAUCUUUAUCAUCACCCACUCUAUCUUCAACCGAUCGAUCAUCUACAAGAUCAUCGUGUUCCCAUCAUCAUUGUUCAACAUCAUCUACAAAACAUAACGAAAGUAGUUCAAGUGCAUAUAAUACAGCUGAAAGUUUACCAAGUAGUACAUAUUCGGAUGAAAUGGAAUCACUUGAACGUGUUUUAAAUGCUGCUUGUACAAUGUAUACAACACAUGAUAACCUUGAACAUACAAUAAAAUUACAAGAAGAAUUAUUUCGACAACGUUUACGUUUACGUGGUAUAACUGUUAAUGACAAUCUUAAUGAAUCAUCAUCAAGCGAACAUUUAUAUGAUAAUAUUGAUGGUGAAACGAGUGAUAUAGAAAAACAAACAACAGUAUAUCGAAAUCGUUUAAUAUCAAGUCAUCGAAAGAAAACAAAACAUAAUCUUACUCUUAGUACAGAUGAUGAUGAACAACAAGAGAAAGUCAAGGCAAUAAAACAAAAUAAAGUACGAUUUAUUGAUCAACACCAUUCAGUUAAUAAACGUAAAACUGUCAAAACAACAUCAAAAACUAAUCUUAUUAAAUCACCUAAUAAUAAACGUUAUCAUUCAAAUACACCGACAAAUAAAAAACUAUCAUUACCAUUAUCAUCAAAUAUGUUAACUGUAACUAUUACUUAA